CCCUCGUUAUUCUCGUUGUUGUCAUCGAAAUACCAUAGAACACCCUACGAUCAUGACGUCGAAAAUGCAGAUUGACUCUGGCAACACCACGGAUGGCCAGAACUCCACCAUCGACGAAUCUCUCUACUCCCGCCAGCUCUACGUCCUCGGCCACGAAGCUAUGAAGCGGAUGUCAGCCUCCAACGUCCUCAUCAUCGGCCUGCGCGGCCUCGGUAUUGAAAUCGCCAAGAACAUCUGUCUCGCAGGUGUUAAAUCCCUCACAAUCUGGGACCCAAACCCGGUCAAGAUCGAGGACUUGAGUUCACAGUUCUUCUUGAGAGGAGAGGACGUCGGAAAGGGACGCGCGGAGGUCUGUCAAAGUCGUUUGGCGGAGUUGAAUCAGUACACGCCUGUUACGGUGUUGGAGGGUGCGUUGAACCCGGAGACACUUGCGGCGUUCCAGGUUGUUGUUUGUACGGAGAGUACGCUUUCGCUGCAGUUGGAGUUGAAUGAUUAUACGCAUGCGAACGGGAUUGCGUUCAUCUCGGCCGCGACCUAUGGUUUGUUUGGAAACCUGUUUUGUGAUUUUGGAGCAGAGUGGGUUUGUAGGGACUCGACGGGUGAGAACCCGGUUAGUGGGAUUGUCGCCUCGAUUGAUGAGAGUGGGUUGGUGACCGCGUUGGAUGAGACGAGACAUGGACUUGAGGAUGGUGAUUGGGUUUUGUUCUCCGAGGUUGAGGGUAUGGAGGGUCUUAACUCUACCGACGAGACACAGGCACGAGAGAUCAAGGUUACCGGCCCUUACACUUUCGAGAUCGGCGACGUCUCCGGUCUCGGCGAGUACAAGCGUGGUGGUCUCUUCACCCAGGUCAAGAAGCCCAAGACCUACACCUUCAAGUCUCUCCGCGAAUCCCUCGCCGACCCCGAAUACCUCAUCUCUGAUUUCGCCAAGUGGGACCGUCCCCCGCAGUUACACAUCGGUUUCCAGGCUUUGCACAAGUUUGUCGAGAACCACAACGGUUCCUUCCCUCGGUCGCGUAACGAGGAGGAUGCGCUUAAGAUUGUCGAGUACGCUAAGGAUAUCAAUGCAUCUACUUCCGAGGCUACCAAGGUCGAGGAGCUCGAUGAGAAGUUGAUCAAGGAGUUGUCGUACCAGGCUAGGGGUGACUUGAGUCCCAUGUGUGCCUUCCUCGGUGGUAUGACCGCUCAGGAAGUCCUGAAGGCUAUUUCUGGCAAGUUCGGACCCGUUAAGCAGUACUUGUACUUUGACUCCCUCGAGUCUUUGCCUACGACUGUUGAGUUGACCGAGGAGAGCUGUCAGCCUCUGGGUUCCAGGUACGAUGGCCAGAUAGCCGUUUUCGGACGCGAAUUCCAGGAGAAGAUUGGCAACCAGAAGCAGUUCUUGGUCGGUGCUGGUGCCAUUGGAUGUGAGAUGUUGAAGAACUGGGCCAUGCUUGGUCUCGGAACGGGCGCGAACGGUGGUAUCCAGGUCACAGACAUGGAUUCGAUUGAGAAGUCGAACUUGAACAGACAGUUCUUGUUCAGGUCUAGGGAUGUCGGAAAGUUGAAGAGUGAGUGUGCUUCUGCUGCCGUUACGGCAAUGAACCCGGAGUUGUUGGGGAAGGUCACUACGCACAGGGAUCGUGUUGGUGCCGAUACGGAGCAGAUCUUUGAUGAUAACUUCUGGAGUGCGUUGGAUGGUGUUACGAACGCGCUUGACAAUGUUGAUGCGCGUACGUAUGUUGACCGUCGCUGUGUCUUCUACCGCAAGCCCCUUCUGGAGAGUGGAACCCUUGGAACGAAGGGUAACACCCAGGUCGUGAUUCCUCACCUGACUGAAUCCUACUCCAGCUCUCAGGAUCCUCCGGAGAAGUCUUUCCCUAUCUGUACUCUUCGCAACUUCCCUAACCAGAUUGAGCACACCAUCGCCUGGGGUCGUGAUUUGUUUGAGGGAUACUUUAGGCAGCCUGCUGAGAACGUCAACUUGUAUUUGGGUUCGCCUAACUUUGUUGAGAGUACCUUGAAGCAGAGCGGAAACCAGAAAGAGAUCUUGACUAGCAUCAAGGACUUCUUGGUUGAUGCUAAGCCUUUGACGUUCGAGGAGUGUAUCGUUUGGGCUAGGUUGGAGUUCGAGAAGAAGUUCUCGAACGACAUUCAGCAGCUUCUUUACAACUUCCCCAAGGACUCCGUGACCUCUUCUGGAACUCCUUUCUGGUCUGGUCCUAAGCGUGCUCCAACCCCCGCUGUCUUCGACCCGGAGAACCCUGAUCACUUGGAGUACAUCAUCGCUGCUGCCAACUUGCACGCUUUCAACUACGGUUUGAAGGGUGAUGAGUUCACCCCCGAGCAGUACAAGAAGGUCUUGGCUGAUGUCAUGGUCCCCGAGUUCUCUCCCGCUUCCGGCGUUAAGAUCCAGGCGGAUGAGAAGGAGGCUGCGCCUACCCAGACUACUCCUGAUGAGGAUGAGUUGAAGACGCUCUUGGAGUCUUUGCCUAUGCCUUCCAACUUUGCCGGUUACCGCCUGUCUCCGGUUGAGUUUGAGAAGGAUGAUGAUACCAACCACCACAUUGACUUCAUCACUGCUGCGUCGAACCUCCGUGCGGCAUGUUAUGGCAUCAAGACCGCUGACCGUCACAAGACCAAGUUCAUCGCUGGUAAGAUCAUCCCUGCUAUUGCGACUACGACGUCUUUGGUUACUGGUUUGGUCUGCUUGGAGUUGUACAAGGUUGUUGAUGGAAGACAGAAGAUCGAGGACUACAAGAAUGCUUUCGUUAAUUUGGCCUUGCCGUUCGUUGCUUUCUCUGAGCCGAUCGCGAGUUCGAAGAUGAAGUACAACAACAAGGAGUGCGACAAGAUCUGGGACCGAUUUGAUAUUCCUUCCAACAUCACGCUGAGGGAGCUCGUUGAUUACUUCAAGGAGAAGGAAGGACUCGACAUCACCAUGUUGUCGUCUGGCGUGUCUCUUUUGUACGCUUCGUUCUUCCCGGCGAAGAAGUUGGCGGAGAGGUUCCCGUUGAAGAUUACGGAGUUGGUGGAGACUAUUUCGAAGAAGCCCAUUCCUGAGACGCAGAAGAGUUUGAUUUUAGAGAUUUGUGCGGAUGAUGAGACUGGAGAGGAUGUUGAGGUGCCGUACGUUAGGGUGCAAAUUCGUUCCGCUUAA